AAAACACCUUCACAAAAUCUCUCUCAUUCUCUCUCUCUCUCUCUCUCUCUCACACACACACACACUAGCUAUAAACCAGAUCAACCCUAUAUUUCUCAUCCUCUUACUACCUCAAGUGUACAAGGUUUGAGUUUGCGUGUGCUGAGAAAUGAAGGGUUUGGAUUUGGGUUUGAGCAUUUGAGAGAGAUCAGAUAUAUAGGCAUAUGGAGAAGAAGGACAUGGUUGUGAAGAUGGAGGAUGCUCUUGGGUCCUCUUCCUUCCCUGGUUAUAAUUCAAACGGUUAUCCAUUCUCGAGCGUGUUCGAUCAUUUCUCUGAGGUGGAAAAGAACUCUUUAGGGUUUAUGGAGUUACUAGGGGUGCAGGACUGUAAUCCUCUGCUUGAUUUACCGCAACUAUCAACUAUGUCUGUGCCUCAUCACUUUACAGUUAAGGUUCCUUCUGAUGCUGGGAAAGAGUGUUCUGAGGUUUUGAACCAGCAACCUCCCACUCCUAACUCUUCUUCGAUUUCAUCAGCGUCCAGCGAGGCAGUCACUGAUGAACAGAAUAAGACUCUAGACCAAGCAGAAGAAGAAGGACAACAAAAUAAGACCAAGAAACAGUUGAAGGCCAAGAAGACAAAUCAGAAGAGACAUAAAGAACCGAGAUUCGCGUUCAUGACGAAAAGCGAGGUCGAUCAUCUGGAAGAUGGGUACAGAUGGAGAAAGUACGGUCAAAAGGCUGUGAAAAACAGCCCCUUCCCAAGGAGCUAUUAUCGUUGCACCAGUGCUUCAUGUAAUGUAAAGAAACGCGUGGAACGAUCUUUUACUGAUCCAAGCGUCGUAGUGACAACCUAUGAAGGCCAACACAUACAUCCAAGCCCAGUUAUGCCACGCUCAGGCCUCACCGGUGCUCCACUACCACCUGGUGUCUCCGCCACCAACUUUGGUUCAGUUUUUCCUGGAAACUACUUGUCCCAAUAUCAGCACCACCAUCAUCAACAACAACUCCUUGUCAAUACAUUGUCCUCUUUGGGUUUCCCUUACAACGAUUCUUCAUCUUCAAAGAACGGUGCUUUUACUCAAGAGAGAAGGCUUUUUAAUCCUGAGACGACUGCAUUUCUAAGGGAUCAUGGGCUUCUUCAAGAUGUUGUUCCUUCACAUAUGUUGAAAGAAGAGUAGAUGAUGAAGAUGAUAACUCUAUUAAUGCUUCUAUGUGAUUUAUUUUUUGCUGACUUUUUUUUUUUUUUUUUUUUCUGAGAGACUUAGGUGAGAACUCCAGUACUGGUACAUGUAAUUUUUCUUUCUGAUGACUGACAGAUGGUGUUAUUAGGGAUCAUGAUCAUACUUGUAAAACCUACUUUAUCUUUUUUGCACAUAGCCUCGUCAUGAUUAUUACACUGUAACAUGAUGGAUUGUGAUCGAAUGCAGUUACUACUUCCUCAGUCAUGUCACUGACUGGUUGUUCUGCUUCAA